AUGUUACUUUCUAGAUACCAAAAACUUUUAGUUGAUACUCUAGUUGAACUCGGCUACAAGAGAUAAAAAGAGUAACUAAACUACGAAAUAUAUCUUCACGAAGAGAAUAUGAAUGCUGUACUACUAGUGGAAAAGGAAAACCUUAUAUUCUUCCUCAGCAUGACUUAUUCCCCUUAGAACAAGAAAUCUGAAAUAGCUACCUACUGGCAGUUAUGUCAUGAUGACCUUUAAGAACGGCAUUACAGUAUCAUCAGAUAAAAGUAUAAAUCAGAAACUGAUAAAUUUUCUAAAGAAAUAGUCACAACAGAGGAAACUUUCAAAGUUUCAUUUACAUAAUUAUUCAAAGCAUUUAUAUCUCUAAAAAGUUAGCCCAUCUCUAGGGACUUAUAACCAUUGAAUUUUAUGUUCAAAUAUAGGAUUUAGAACAUUCUAGAAUUAUGGCAUGGUUUGACAUAAAGAUUAGGAUGGACCUGUAACAGUGAUUAGAUAAACAAUUUAUUCACUGCUAUUAACCCUUAAAAUACUAAAGAGAAGUACAUUUUUACUUUGUUCAGCUAAAAUAAUAAGGAGUAAGUGUUCUAAUUCCUUAAAGAUGAGAUUCUCUCCUUAAAUAAGGAGCAGAUUUCAGUCUUAAUGGUAGUUUAAUAAGGGGAAAAUCCAAUAUUCUUAGCCUAAUUAUAAAUUGACGCCAAGAGAAUAUCCAAAAGUAAAGCUACUAUUUAUCACAAAAAUUAAGAUCUUAUAUAAAACUCCUUCAUUUCAGAUGUUUAAAGAUUCUUCCAAAUAAACCUUUAACUUGAUGAUUCUAAAUACUCUAUUGAUUUUAUCAAGUCUACUUUAUCUUUGGAUGAGCAACACUCUGGAGUAGAAGUUACUCAGAUAGGUCUGAACAUCAUCUAAAAAUAAAAACAAGAGUAUUGCACAAACGUGCCUUAAAUUCUUAAAAUAAGGCAAUCCCACCUAAAAUUAGCUGAAUCUCUUGAAAAACCAAUCGAUUAGUUUAUGAUUGAUCAUCAAACCAUCAUAAUAUUGGACCAGAAACUUCUGGAAUUUUAUUUACUAUUAGAUGAAAAAUAACAGAGGAAAUUUGUGCAAAUAUCUGAGAAUUUCAAAUAAUCAAGGCUUGAAGUAAGAGAUGAUCAAAAUUAAGUACUUGCCAAACUAGAAAAAUUCUUAAAGAAAAAUAAGGAUUUAAUGCAAAAAGUAAUGAUUAGCCCUCAUCAGAAUCUAAAUGAGUAUUUGAUAACUCAAUCUACAUUUAUAAUCAGACAAGAUAAGUUAGAAUAGUUUAAAAUUUCACUCCUUAAAUGUAUGGAUCAUAUAAAAAAGGAAUUGUUAGAGUAAUAAUAUGAAAUCUAUGAAACAUUGAACAGUGAGUUGAAUUCUGCUGUUUACAAAUCAUACUUAUCUGAAUGGAACAGAUAUGAAUCUAAGAAGUAGGAUAAGGAUGACAUCAACAAAAUAGACAGCAUGACCUACUUCUACUAUGAAAAUCAGCUAUAUUGCAAGACAAUUACUGGGAAACUCAAGUUAGAGGGAAGUAAUGAAUCUAAUAAUACUGAUUAUUUAUGCAUGCUCAUGCAGUAUAUUAAGCUGAACUUUAAACUUUCUUGGAUUAAGCAAGAAGACUCAGAUAAUUAUGACGAAGAAUUAGAGAGUAUCAGUAAAAAGUUACUAUAGAAAAACUCUAUAUUAGACAAACAAGAUAUAAUUAAAUAUCUUAAUCAGAAAUAUGGAGUCUAACUUGUUGAUGGGUCUAAGGCUGAAAAUUCUAUCAAAAUUGAAGGAUAAAUUUUAUUCUGGCCAGUUUUUUACUAAGAUGAUUUGGGAAGUUAUCAGACGACUUUAGUUAAGAUGGAUAGAAUAUACACAAGCCCAGCUGAAAUUUAUGAUUAUCUACUUGAAAUUGUUGAGAGAGAAAAUUCAAUUUAUAAAGUCCUUAUGUUUCUCAUGAAUCACUUAUAUGAUUAGUCAACAGAUAAUUAAUACUAAUAGUUCGUUAGCUCACUCACAGACUCGCUUUAAAACCAAAAAUCAGUUGAUGACCUUUGGUUAAUUAUUUCUAAUAGAGUAUAAGACUUAUAAUUGUCUGAUUCUAAUCCAAAACUUGCAAUUGUGCAUAAGCAUACAUAUAUGAUGGAUACUCUAAUAAGGCAAUUAAAGGGUGUGAAAUUCUCUAUUGAGAAAGAAUUCAUAUUCAAAAUAAGGAAUGAGAUAAAGACUAGCAUACAGGAGGUAAACAUGCAGAUAAUAAGAGAUAAUAACUACAAAGCAUACAAUUAGCUACUCAGUCUAUAACUUAAUGAAAGAAAGUUUGAGUAGGAAUAGAGACUUUUAGAAAUGUAGAUAAGGGAUCAAAGGUAAAACUUGCAAAUUCAAACUUUAUAAAUUGAAUAAUUAGCGAAAGAGCUUGAGAACUCUUACUCAGCUGAUAAGUAAAAAGAGAUUGAUAUUAAAAAAUAGAAUCUUUUGAAGCAAAAGGAGGACUUCGAAUUAAAAUACUAAGAGAUCUUGUAUUCCAAAUUUUUUAAUUCCAUCUAUAAGGGACUGAAGAAUGACUUUGAAUAAGUUGAUUUGAAUAUUUUCAAUAGUUCCUAAACACUUGAGUAGAUAAUUUUUUAGCUUAAAACUUAGAAAGUGAAUGAUCACACAUAUAUGGAUAAGAUUUGGGGACAAAUCCCUUCUGUCGAAGUUGAUGAUUUGACUUCAUUCAAUAAAUUUAUAGCUAUAAAUACUUAAAACCAGUAAUAAAUAAACGAAAUAAAAUAAAAGUGGAAGGUACUAUUUGCGAAACCUCGAGUUGAAUUCUCAAAUGGGGUUCUUCAGAUAUCAGGAAUUUCUUUCUCAAUGAGUUCUGUCAGGAAUCAGUAUGAAUAGCAUCUUUAAAGUGCUUCAGAAAUAUUUAUUGUAGCAGCUGAAUAACUUAUAAUAGAUGUAGAUCUUAUUGUACCCAAAACUAAUGUUGCCAUUGAAGCAAAUGUCAUUUUGAUAAGGAAUUCAGAGUGCAAAAUAAAUACUUCUCCAAUAGAUCAUCCCAAACUUGUCUAGGAUAAAUUAUUAAAUAAUGGGAAUUCAAUUAAAAGAAAUCCAAUCCCUGGAAAGCAUGGAUUAGCUGGAGAAAGUGCUGGACAUAUCACUAUAAGGGCUUAGUUAGAAAUAUAGAGAAAGGAAUGUCUAAAACUUAUAGCAAAUGGAAGUAAUGGACAAGACGGGACAAAUGGUCUUGAUGGAUAUGAUGGAAUUAUUGGUAAAAAUGGAGAAGAUGGAAUUGAUAAAAGCAAAAAAGAUAAACCCCCAACACCAGAUAUUUACUAUUAGUGCUCAAUAUACAAUGAUUAUAAGAUUUGGCGUGGCAUAGGAAGAGGAAUCGGCUCUGAUGCUGGACUUGGAGGAAACGCAGGAGUUGGUGGGGAAGGAGGAUAUCCUGGAUAAAUCUCUGUCACUAUAAAAAAUAUUGAUGUAGAAAUGAAUACUUUGUCAAAAAGAGGUGUUAAAGGGAAAGAUGGAACAGAGGGAAAUGGUGGCAAGCCAGGGCAAGAUGGUUUAAAUGGGGUUGAUUGUUUUGAAUUUCAUAAAUGGGGAGCAUCUAAAUAGCAUACUGAAGGAUUACUAAAACUCAACAAACGUUAAGGCUGGCUAAUUUACGAUUAUGAAUGUGAGGUAAUAAAAGACAAACCUACUUACGCUAAGUUUGGAAAAAAUGACUACUCAAAAGAUCAAAAUGGAAGUAAAAAAGAUAUGAGAGGAGCAACAGCCUCAUAAUAAUAAAGCAAGAUGUAAAAGGCAAUUUAAAAAUAGAGCAUUAAUUAAGCACUUCUAGAUUCACUCUUUUAACAUUAAAUGUAGUCCUUAACUACUGCCAAAACUUCAAACCAACUUUUAGCAACAUCUUAAUAAGAAUUAUAGUAAUAGCAAUAGAAUAUUUCUUAGCAGAUAUAAAUGCACAAUGCCAAUUAAGAAAUAAAGUAACAGCUCUCUUAGAAAUAGUAAAUGUCAUAAAUCCAAAUAUAAAAUGAUGCUAAGAAACUAUAGGAAAAUGAAUCUUUGCUUGUAAAAAAGAAAUAAGAAAUUUCUUAAAUUCAAAAAAAUUAGAAGGAAAUUGCAGAAAAAACAGAGUAAUUAAAUAAAUAACUCAUUUAAAAUGAUUAAAAACUUUAACAGAUUAACCUGACCUCUCAAUAAGUUCAACAAUCAAUAACUAAUGAGGCAAUAUUUGAUAAAAGCAAAUUGAAAAAUAAUGAUUAGCCUCAAGAAUCCUUGGAUUGGGAAAUUGGCCAUACUCAGAUAUAGCUUCCAGAUCUUGAAGUUUAUAUAAAUAUUGACAAAGAAAAUUUAAUUUAGUACUUGAAAAAUCUUAAGAGAAAUGAAUCUUCUUAAACAAACUUGAUUGAAUAAUUCCUAGAGAUCAUUGACUCCUUUAUUCUUGUGAUGAAGAAGAUUAAACAAUAGGAAUAGUUUCACAAUUAGAUUAAAUCAAUCGAAGAGAGUCUCCAAAAUAUUCAAUCUCAUGGUUUAAGAUAAACUUUGACCUCGUUAAGCUCUCAAAUAACUAAAAUUGCAGUGAGCCUGCAAUAAUAUCCUUCAAAAGUAUUAAUAGAAUAAGAAAUGCUUGACUAACUGAUCUAUAAAGAACAUAUUGAACCUGAGUAUUUAUCAAUGUGCAAAAAGAAUGCAGACAAGAUAUAUGAAUAGCUCAUGAAUAAAAUAUAAUUGAUGGACACUGAAGAAGCUAUCAAUAUACUAGAAAUUUCAAUAUCAAAAAAGGACAAUUAACCCAAUACCCCUCUAUCAAAGGUACUACAUUUUACUGCAGGAGUUCUCGAUAAAUUCUUUUCAAAUGAUUAAGGCAUAUAAAAGAACUCAUUCAUUAAUAUAAUUACUGAGAUUGAAAAAAUGAUAAUGCUCCUCAAAUAGUCUAAAAGUUCAAAUGAUUAGAAAUAGCAAAAAGAGAUAAAGCAAUUCUAGAUUGCUCAAUGCACACUUUAUAAUCAUUACUUCAAGAGAUCAAUAAAUUAUAAGGAUUAUCCACUUGACAUGAGUAUGAAUUACUUUAACUUUUACAAGAGGACUGAAUACUUCUUAGACAUAAUAAAUCUUUUCUCUAAUUUAUUAGACGAUGCUAAUACUCAUUCAUAUUAUCUACCUCACUUGCUAGGAAUUAACGGGUAAACCUUUUUGCUGACUGUUUAAUAAAAUAUUGCCCUAGUAUAUUUUAAUAUGGAGGAAUUAUACUUGAUUAGGAGCAAGUUUAAUAAAGUUGAUAAAACAAUUAAAUCGAAUCUAGGUCUAUUCUAUCCAAUUAAAAUUCAAGUUGAAACUAUCAAUCUCAUUAUUGAACAAAAAUGGCAAAAAUGGGUAAUUGCCAACAAUAGAUUAAAUGAGGUACUAAUUUAAUUAGAAAUUCAGACUUCAAUUACUAAUGAAAUAUAUAAAUCAGCGAUGCAAGCCCUCUAUUGUAUAGAAACUUCUAGUUUAGACUCUUUGACAAAAUAGAUAUAUUUUAACAGGAUUAAGGAUAUUCUUUUUUAAUCCACAGCUGAUAUAACAAGUGAAAUGAAAGUCAAAGAGAUUAUUGAAAACAUUAAGAAAAAAAAUGGUGAAGAAAUUAUCAAAAUACAAUCAAGAUAAAGAUGGAGCAUCAUAUAUUAAAACUUGAUAGUUAUUUGUAGGAGAAUGAGAAAGUAAAAAGCUGAUAAUCAGAGUGAUAAUGUUGUCACUAUGAAUUAAUCAACUUUAGACAUUAUUUAGAUGAGCAAUUAGAGAUUUAGAGAGCAAAUUGUAAAGUUGUUUUCUGAUUAAUUAUAAGAGACUAAAGAUUUAUUAGAGGUAUUACUGGAGAAAUUUUAUGAUGAGUCUUUUAGCAGAGAAAAAAUGAGAGAUAACGAAUUUCUAAGGAAUUCACUAAUCACGAUAUCCCAAAGAAAAAAAACUUUAUACUAUGAAAAAAUUCUUUAAAAUUUUAUCCUCAAGAUUUUUAAUACUUGGGUUUAGCUAAACUAAUCUUCAUAAGAAGAUUUUAUAAUUUUUGAAAAAGCAUUUGGACUUAAACACUCCUAAAACAUCAAUUUACCGAAUUAUUUAAUUUAAAAAUGCUUAAAUGAUUAAGCUAAGGAUAUCAUUGAUAAAUUUUAUCAGUCAUUUAAUGCUCCUUAGAGGAAGAAUUUUAAAGGAUCCCAAAUAUUAAUCAAGAAUAUGAUUUAAUAAAUAGAAGGAUACUAUGCAUCAAAGAUUUAUUUUGAAAAAUUAGAAAGUAAGAUAAAAAAGGAUACCAAAUUAGAAAAUAAAUCAAAGCAUGUCAAAUCAGAUUUUAAGAAACUUGUUAAAACAAUUUAUGAAAAUUAUACCAAUUUAGAUUGUAAAAGUAAAUUAUCAGAUAUACUACAUGAGUGCUAUAAAGUUUAUACAAAAGAUUAUGAUACAGAAAUGUCUCAUUUUAUGAGCAUCUGCAAAAUGUUUGAAGUAGAGAUCGCCAUGAAUAAAAUGUCCGAGAUGUUCUAAAAAUAAAAACACACUUAUGUUGAUUUUAUCAAAUAGGCUAUUGAAAAAAAUCCUUAAAGCAUUAUUUUCAUGAUAAAAGUAAUGGAUAUUGAUAUUACAAAAAUCUGCACUUUAGUGAAAGAGGUGAUAUUGAAUAAAAAUCAAAGGACAGUCUAAGAUUCAUAAAAUUUGCUUGAAUUAUGGACAGAGUCUAAUUAGAUUUUUAAAGAGAGAGUGAUGGAUGACUUUGAGAAUAAGGUUAAAGAAGUAUUAUAGGAAUUUGAAGAUGAUUUUAUUGAAAUUGAAGCAUCAUUAAAGUAUAAUCUAAUAUAAACACUUUAAGUUUUAAAAUAAUAUGCAGAAUAUAUGUAUGAUCCAUAGGGUAUUUAAGAGUUUUUAAAUUCUCUGCUAGAUGAUAUUAGAAUUAAAGGAACGUUAAAUAAAUAUCUGCUAGAAAAAUAUUAGUAAAAGCUUAGAGUAAUUUCAAUAGUGAAAACAGAACUAAUAAACAAAGAAUCACAGAAGAAAUCAAAUCAAAGUUCUUAAUUGAAACUUGAAUUAAUAAGUAUAUCAUAAUAAUUCAAUGAGAUUUAGAAGAGUGAAAAUUUUGAUAAGAACGAUAGCUUAAAUGUAGCUAAUAAAUUGCUAUAAAAAUUAUUAGAAUUUCUAAAAAUUUCAGAACUAAAUGAUGAAGAUUUAUAUCAUGACUAAUAAUAUCUGAAACAAAUACUUGCAAUUUGUAUGUUAACUUACUCUUUAAAUAAAGUACCUGAAGAGCAAAUUAUCAAGAAGAUUGAAGAUUGUUAAAAAUUAAUCUAUGGUUUGAAAUCUCAAGAAAAAUAAAAAUAAAAUAUUCUAGAGUUUCUCUUAUAAAAACUUAAGCAGAGUCUUAUUUAAAGUAAGAAAUACGAUCUUUUCACUAAAAGUGUGGAUUAUAGCAGAUAGAUUACUUCUUGCAAAUAGAGAAUAAAUGAUAUUCUAGAGAUAAUUGCUAAACUACCUGAAUGCGAUGAUUAUGAUAGAACCUCUUAAAUUGAUAGAGCUAAUAAGAAUCUUUCAAUUUUAAUGGUUGGUGCCUUCAAGCAAGGCAUUUUGCAUAAAGUAGAUAGCUAAUUAAAACUAGUGUAGAGCUAGAUAUAGUAGAAUUAAAAUGAGAUAGAUGAAAAAAACAAGGACAGCAAAAUUUAGGGGAUUCAUGAUAUAAUCUAGCGAAAAUCCUUGAGCUUUGUUGAGGCCUUUUUAAGUGAUGGAUACUAUGCAAAUUCUAAAGUUACAGAGAAAGUUAUUUAGGAUCUUGAGGACUUAGCAAAAUUAACAGGAGCUUAAUAAUAAGAGUAUGUAAAUAAUCAAUAUUUUAAGUUGUACUAGAUGCUUAGAACCCUAUAACUGGCACCAUUAUCAAUAGAACAAAUCAUCUAUCUUAAAAGCUUAAAAUUAAAAUUAGACUCAUUUUAUUAUAAUACAAAAGAGAAAAUAAUAAAGGAUAUUAAUGAUGAGAUACUAAAUCAUAUAAAGCUAGAAAAGAGUAGCUUACUUUUAUAAUAUGAAAGGGAAUUAAUUUCCCCUAAAGAGAUAAUAGAUAAAUACUUCUAGUAUGACUCUUAAAUUGAAACAAAAUAUCAAUAAAUUUACUCUUAAGAUUAAAAAUACUCAACUAGAGUAACCAUACAGUUUGAAGAAUUAAUCCAUUCUUAGUAAUUCAUAGUAAAUGAUAGUCUUAGAAUAAACAUUGCUUAAAUUUAGAAUUUUGACCUUCUCAAUCCGAAGAAAGCAGUAAAUAGAUUUUAAGAUCUUGACUACAAUAAUGUUUAAGAAGUUAAGCAAUAUUUUAUGCUGCACCUAUCAUCUAAUGAAAACUAAGCUCUAUCGCCUUAUAUCAAUGAACAGCUGAAUGAUAUUUUUGACUUUCUAUUAUUUAUAGGUGAAUCAUAAAGGCAAAUAGCAUUCCAAAAAUUCGUAUAGCUUGUCAAUGACGAUGAGAAUUAGGAUGACGAAUCUAUUCUUAUGAUAUAGCUGGUGAAUUCCUUCAAAAAUAUCAAAAAUAAUGAUAUACACUUAUUACUUAGCAGUAAUGCGAAUUAAAAUACCAUUAAUCAAAUAAUAAGCAAAGAUUUUUAAGAAUUAAUAAGGAAAAUUAGAAUAACUCUAAAACUAGAAGGCAAGACUAAUGAAGCUCUCCAUUAAUUUUUAUCUUAAACUGACCGUAUCUUAGAAAUGAAUCAAGAAUAUCGAGCUUUACUAGUAAAGGCAUUGAUUCAAUUUUAUUGCCAGAAAAUAGACGAGGAUGAUGAAUCUAACUUUGUAUUAAAAUAAAUGAAAGCAGCUAUAAAGGAGAAUACAUAAGAAUAAUAGCUUGAAUUCAUUAAAAAGCUUUAAUCAAAAGAAAAUCAAUUGCUGGUUGACAUUCUUAUUUCUUUGAAUGAAAGCAGUGUAACUUAUAUCAAAAGACUCUGGAGAAUAAUAACUGAGAAGAGGUAUUAAGACUGGACUGAGGAGGUAUUUAUGAUGACAGCUUAUCAAGUAUGUUUGAAUUGGAUUGAAAAUCUAGAACCAAUGUAAGAUAAUGUGAAAGGCCAGGAAGAGUACUUAAGUCAAAGAAUGAAAAAAGUCAAAGGACUGUUAGGAGUUCUGACUCAACAAAGAUUAAAUCUUAAAUAACAAUAAAUAUCCUAAUUUAAUGAAGUUAUCAAGAUCAUUUCAGAGAGGAUAAGUUUAUACUAAGAAGAUGAGUUUUUUUAAAUAAGUGUGGAAAGUUUGCAAUAGUUUAUACUCUUAAUUGAUAAGAGAGAUAACAUUGAGGAUAUUAUAAUGAUCAUGAAACAGUAUAGACCCAAAUUAUGGCAUCAAAAGAUACUUAUUUAUUCUUGCGAGAGAGCUUUAGACGAAUUCAUUUUCAAAUAGAAUGGAAUUUCUUCUAAAAUUAAACUUCAAUUCAAAAACAAAAUAAUAAAGGGUUUAAGGCAAAUUUAAGCAUCUAUAGGCAUACUUGAAACCAUUAAAAGUAUCUUAGAUGAGGAAAUUGGCUCAGAAAGUGAAAGUUUAUUUUUGUCAAAUGACUCUCUAUUAGAUGUUGUUUCAAAGCUUGCCUAGUUAUAGAAAAAACAACUUCUUACAGAUUCAGUUGUAUAUUAACUUAAAGGAGGUUAAAUAAACGAUAUCCAAAUUUAGAUUUAGAAAAUAUUGAUAAAAGGAGAUCUAAACUAUUCUGAUAAGGAGCCUCUCCAUUAAAAAAUAAUUGCAGGCCUAUUUACAUUCAGUUAAACCUAUGGAGAAGGUAAAUUGAAUCAACUUAUUGCUGCUGUGAAAUUAUAAAAGCUAUAUGAUCCUCAAGACUUACUAAUUUUAGUUUAAAAAAUCAACAAUCGCUAAAUUGUUUUAGGCUAAGAUAGUCUAUAAGCUUUAACUUAAGACAAGAUUAUGAAUGAAUGGGUAUAGAUUCUUGUAGAUCAAGCAAAAGAUAAGUAAGAUAUAGAGGAAAGUUUGCAAAAAACUUUAAGUUCUGAUGAAAAAUUGAGAUAUGACUGUAAUAAUUUGUGCGAGCAGAUAAUGAUGAAUGAUUUUAAUUAGGGUGUUAGAGAAUUCGUAGAAAAGACUAAUAGCCAAGAUGAUCCAAAGCUUACUUCGCUUAUUCUUUAAAUUUUCAAAGCUUUCAGAGAAGAAUCAAAAGUGUUAGAAUCUUCAAAACCGAUAUCGAAAUGGGAAAGAUAGGAUAUCAUGGAUUGGGUGAAAUCUGAAAAAACUAGGGAUUUAUUUAGAGAUAAGUGGAACUAAGAAAAUGCAAGUGAGAUUUUCGCUGUUGCGAUUAGAGGAAUAUAGAAAGCUACCAAUAACAUUGCGAGACAUACUUAGAUUGCAUGCUGUAUAUUCUUCUACUAUGACUUGGGACAAGUGGGUGAAGUGUAUACUGGUGAAGGCAAAACAUUAAUAAUUACUCUAUGGUCUAUAAUUCAAGCUAUAAGAGGUAUGAAAGUUGACAUUAUGAGUAGCUCUAGUGAUCUAGCAGUGAGAGAUUUUAACGAAACCCGAAAUAUCUAUUUGCAAUUUGGUCUGAAAUCUGGUGUUAAUUGUGAUGAAAAAGCAAAUGAGGACGAAGAAUCUAGAUAGAAGAAAUAUUAGGCUGAUAUAGUUUUUGGUGACAUCGGAUCCUUUCAAAGAGAUUAUUUGUUAGAUUCUGUUUUUAUUGGGAAAAGUGUCCGAGGAGGUAGAACAACAGGCUGCUUAAUCAUAGAUGAAAUCGAUAGCUCAUUACUAGACAAAGGCGAAAGCACUUUGUAUUUAUCACAUAAGAUAGCUGAAUUAUCAAGUCUUAAGAAUUUAUAUGUCCAAAUAUGGGCAUCUACUCAUGCGAAAGGAAAUACAAAAGGAACUUAGGAUGAUAUCAAGGUAGUUACUGAAAGUCUAAAGUAAAGAAUUCACUCCAACAAUAUAAAAAUCCCUAACAUUUUGAAAAGUCUUGUCUUAAGAAAGCUUCCAGAGUAUGUUAGCAAUGCUUACACAGCAAAGGAAAUGAACUAAAAUGAUCCAUAUAUCUUAAAUAUGAGAAAAGAUAAUGGAAGAGUAGUUGUCAUGGAUAAAGAAACAGGUGUUGAGCAAAAGUCAACUUAAUGGAGUAAUGGACUGCAUUAAUUCUUGCAGCUGAAACAUUAAGAUAGAUUGACUCCUGAGAGCUUUAGAGCUGUUUUUGUUUCAAAUUUAAAGUAUUUCUAAAAAUAUAAAGGCAAGAUAUAUGGUCUCACUGGUACUCUUGGGUCUUAAGUAGAAAGGAAGCUACUAAACAGUCUUUACUCUUUGGAGUUUUUUAAUUUGCCUAGAUUCACAACUUCGUGCUUUGUUUAAUAUGAGCCUAUUACUGUCCCAUCACUUUCAGCGUAGCUAAACAUGAUCAAGAUGAUUGUUAAAGAUAUUGCAGUCAUAAAUAACAGACCUAUUCUAUUUAUCUGCGAAAAUGUUAGUUCAGUACUUCUUAUAGAGCAAUUUAUAUCUGAAUUUCACUCAUAAGUUUAUAAGAGAACAUUAGCUGAUGAGACUCUUGAUAAAGGAUCUGUAGAUGAGCUUGUUGGUCGAGAAGUUAUUGUUGCCACUAAUAUUGCCGGCAGAGGAACUGACCUAAAGAUAAGUGAAUAAGUUAGUAAGAAAGGAGGGUUGCAUGUGGUAGUUACUUUUUUGACAAGUAACAUUAGAAUUGAAGAGCAAGCUUUUGGUAGAACCGCAAGAAAGGGCUAAACAGGUAGUGGAUAGUUCUGCAUUCAAUUCUCUAAUUCUAGUUUAUCUAUGAAUGAGAUUAAACUAGAAAGAGACAGGCUAGAAAGUUAUCGAUUAGCGGAGUUAAAGAAAAAGACGAUUUCCAGACUAGAAUUAGAAGGCAUACUAUUCUAAAAGUUUACUGAGUUAUACUUGAAACUUUCGUACAUUCUAAGGAAUGAUAUUAACUUCUAAUAGAUUAUGCAGAAUCAGAAUUAUUCAGAAUACCUAGAAAUGCAGCUUGGAUUUCUUAAGAAUAGAUGGGCUUUCUUUUUAGAAAGCAUCACUGAUGACUUGAAGGAAGUCUAUAAAAAAGGUAGGAAAAUAGUAUUUAUCCAUUUUGAAAGAUUUAAAAACGAGUGCCUCAUUAAUGUAAGAGAUCAAGAUGGUCUGAAAUUUGCUAUAUCUUACUGUGAACUGGUAAAAAUUGGAAUAUUCUUUGAAUAAAAUAAACUAAUUAAACUUGCACUGAAAGCCUUUAACAAAGCAAUUAAAAAUGAACCUUAUUUUUGUGAUGCUGCUUAUUAUAGAAAAGCAAAAAUACUGAGAGUGGAAUAAGAUAGUAUGAAAUUUUUUGAAUUCUUUGAUGUUAAAGCUAUAUAUAACCGCAUUAUUGAUGGUUAAUAGAAAGAGCUGGAAAGAAGAAUAUAAAUAAAUGUGAUUCUUAAGCGCAGUUAAAAUCUAAUGUAAGACAAGGUAAAUGAAUUACUGGCAAUUAUAUAAAUCGCAAAGGUAGUUGAUAAAAACUAUAAAAAGAAAUAAAAAGAUGUACAAUAUGAGAAUCUUUUUGAAUUGCAAAUAUAAGAGAUUAUUGGACUUUACAACUUCCAUAUCGAAUCAAUCAAGCAGUCAGUAGGAUAACUGCCAUCUUAAGAUGUCUUGAGAGAAUUAUUUCAAUGUUACGAUGAUAAGCUUAUGCUCUCUAACAUUAAUGAAUACUUCGAAAAGGAAACUGACAUAUUUAAACUUGAGAGAAUUUCUAAAAAAGUUAAAGUAUAAGAUGCACCAUGUAUGUUUAUACUAAAUGACGAUAUCAUCGAAAUUCCAUUUAAUCUUUAGUACUGUGAUAAAGAAAUUAUUAAUGCUUUGAAAGCUAAAAUUGGGUAACCUAAUUUCAAGCAGCGAUACCUUCAGUAAAGUGAUUUUAAGGACGUAUUUUUAAGCUCGGAAGAGGUAUUUGCAAUCCUAAUUAAAAAAGGCUAUCUAAUAAACAUGAAGAAAUAUCUACAAGUUUCAGAGUUUGACCCUGAUAAUUUCAUUCAAUUGAAAUUUUACUCUGAAGAUGACAAGGUAAAAAUGAUGGAAUUCUUACUUUAAAAUUCUGGUCUAUAGUUUGAUAUUGUAGAAUUCAAGAACAAACUAAACUCUCUCUCCUAGUACUAUGAUGAACUUAUAGCAAAAAAACUUAUCUAAAUUGAAGAAAAAGGAACUCUCAUUAUCAAAAGCAAUAAGUAAUAGAUGAUGAAAGAGUUAGAUAGAAGAGUUUUCAACAUAAUCUCUGAAUAUAUUGAGCAUUCAAUAGAGUCUGGCUAGGAAACUAUUGAAGUGUUAAAAGGCUAGAUUAAUAUAUAAAAAACAGUUGAAGAGCAAUUUUUAUCUCUAAAGAUGUUCAUGAUAUCAAAGAAUAUCUUAAAGCAAAAGAGUUUUAACUUUAAAAUCACUAAUAGCAGUAAGGAAAGAAGACGCAGUAUCAAGAAAUAAGUUUACAAUUUAAUAGACAUGAUUGAUGUAAAUAUAUAAGUUCAAAAAAAUGGAAUACUUAAUCAUUUCUGGAAUAUUAUAAAGACUACUUCAGAACCUAUUAUUAAAGAGCAAAAGAAGAAAAAGGAGGAAGCAUAUAUUUUGCCGAAUUUGAGAUUCAGCAGCAAAUUAUAAGUGUUAGAAUAGUAAAAGGAAGAUUUCAAAAAGAGCUUUGCUAAAGAUAUACUUGCUAAAAUAGGAGUUAAUAAGGCUAGAGAUUCUAUUGAGAUUGAGGUCAUUGAAUUAGCAUCUAAAUUUAGUGAUUAAAAAUAACCAGUGCCUAGAGAGAUAGAAGAAAUGAUCGAUUAUGGAUUAGAGAAAAUAAUUGUAAUCAAAUAAGGUUGGACAUUUAAAUGGAAGGCUGCAUUAGUUGUUUUGAUAGGAAUCGCUCAAAUUGGUUUAGGAUUCUUGUUGAUAGCUACAGGAGUGGGUGCAACUUUAGGAAGCGCACUAAUAGCUGAAGGUUUCUCUGAUAUUGCAUAUGGUCUACAAGCAAUAUAUUAGGGGGAGUUUUCAUGGGUGGAUUAUGGUAUUUAGAAAGCAAUAAGUCUUGCAUUAGCAAUAAUCACAAUGGGCUGCUCAUCGUUUGCAGGCUCAGCAGGAGGCUAAGUGAUUAAGAAAGUUGGAAUAAGUGCUGGUAUAAAAGCAGUUAAGAAGGGAGCUUUAAAGGCAAUCCUACCGCAAAUAAAAGAAAAGGUUAUUAAAUGGACUACAGAUACUCUAGGGAUUUUGCAAACAUUUAUUGAAAACAUAAUCUAGAAAGUAUCAUCAUUCUUGAUUUCAAAGGGAAUGAUUAUCAUCGAGACUAUUCUUAAUGAAUUUCUGAUUCCAUUAAAGAACUUUAUAAGUGAUUGUAUAAAGUAAGUUUUAGAUAAUGAGAGAGAAGAGUUUUUGGACAAAUGCUUUGAAAAUAUGAAAUCUAGUUUUACUCAGUUCUUGGGCAGAUCUAAGAAAUUUAUUGAAUUAUUUAAAGAGGGUAAGAAUCUGGCAGUGAAAAUAGUUGAGAAUUUCUAGUAAGGAGGUUAAAGCUUUGCAGGUAAAAUGGUUGCUGCUCUGGCAUCUAUUGCCUAGAUUAUUUAAUCAUGCUCAUUGAUAAAGAAGAUUACUAAAAAUGUUAAGAAAUCCUCAAAUAUCAUCAAAAACACAAAAACAUCAUUUUAACAAAUAAAAUAAGGCUAUAUGAAUCAUGAAGUGGCUGUUGUUUAAGAUAGCUAGAAGAAAAUAUAUGAUGAAAAAAUCGAGCAGUUCUUCAUUAAAGAAUAAGGAGUAGUAGUUAAACAAAUCUAAAAUAAAACUCAAAAAGUUGUUGACGAAUGGGUAUCUGAUUUGAUUGAAGAAUUCAUAAAAGAUCAAGCUCUAAAGCCAAUAGAGAAGAAAUUUGAUAAAGCAAUUAAAUAUUAUGAUGAAAAAAAGGAUAAAGAUAAGGAUAAGAAGGAGAAAGAUGAGAAAGAUAAAGCAAAGGAGGAUUAUGAGAACAAAAAAGAAUUGUUGACGGGAGGAUUUACUGAUCUCUCAGCAAUGAAAUAUCUAAAGGAUAUUAGGAUUAAAAUUUAGAAUAUUCAUGAUGAAGAGUUAAAAACUCUUUAAGAUUUAUGCUUUGAUAAGUACUCUGCACAACUUAAAUAGAAACUUACUAUAAUCUAUCUUAAUUCUGGAAAAACACGAUUUUCUAAUAAUGAAAUUUUAAUCAAGUUCAAAUCAUAAAACGAUAAUUUCCUCGAUAUUAUUAGAGAAUUUGGUAAACUAAUCUUAGACAAUAUAGCUAGUGUCGCGAUAGCUUUCUAUAGUCAAUUGCUAAUUAAAGGAGACAGCAAACUUGAGAUUUGGGAGAAAAAUACAAAAAAGAAUCUAUAGGGAUUAGCUAAUGAAUCAAAUCAGAGAAAAAUUUUAGAAGCAGCAGUAACUAAAUUCUCUAAGAUAUUCAAUCAAAACCUCCCAAAUAUCGAUGAAAAUAGUAUUUAAGUCCAAUAAAAUACUUAUUAAGAUGAAUUUCUAGCUAACUGUAAUAAAAAUGUGGAUGAUUUCUUAGUUGAUUUAAAAGAUUGGACAUCUAAGCAAAUCGAAGUUUAGAUGAAGCCUUUAUUGAAGAAGAUUUCUGAUAAAGUUGUAGAUCAAUCUGAGAAAUUUUUUGAGACUCUAAGUAGUAAGAAGAAGAAAAAAGAUGGCAAAGAUGAAAAUGGAAAGAAGAAAGGAAAAACAGAUAAUGAAGAAGAAAAGGGAGAUAAAAAAGAAGAAAAAGAUGAUGAUAAGAAAAAGAAACUAGAUAAGGUUCAAAAGAAAUUCUAUGAUGAUCUUAAAAAAUUCAAGGAAUAAAUCUCUGAUACCAAGUUAGUUUAAAUUGAUUGGGAAGAAAUUGCUAAGAAAUUCACUUAGAACUUAAAUUUGAAAAGUGCAUAGCAAUUCUAAAAUGAUUCUUAUAGUACAUUUGAAGAGAGAAAAAUACCUAUUAAUAAUAUAGCUGAUGAUUAAGCUAUUAUAUCCAAUCGUACUAAGAGUUCUGCUAAUAGUAUUUUCAGAUCAUAAAAUAGCGCCAAGAAAUUUACUGAUGUUUCUAAAUUUAGUGCUAAUAAUUUAAAAAAGCAUACUAAUCAAGUUAAAGGUUCUUUAGAACUAGCUAGAAAGUCAUCUAAAGUUAAAAAUUAAAAAGCUAAUGAUGAAAGGACUGCCGCUCAUAGUACAAAUAAAACAGCAUAUAAUGCAAUGACAACUGCUGCUGAUGUUCUAAGAGUUUAGAAUAAAUUAAAGAAAGGGAAAUUUAAAGUUGUAAAGCAAACUAAAAGCAUUGAUGAGUUUGAUAAAGUACUAUCAACUCUAUUGAACCAGAAAAAGUAAAAUUGA